AUGGUCCUCCUCUCAUCUAAAACCAUGAUCCAGGGGCACGCCGUGCUCCUAAUCGUCAUUGCCGGAUACCUGAUCAAGAAUCCAGCCUUGAUCACGAACUGCGAUCUCGUAUUUAUGAUGGGCGAGGCAUUGAACAUUGAUUUCCCAAUAACCACAACCGCCGUCGAAAAUCCGUUCGUCUUCUGCUCAAUCCCACUAGCCGCAAUCGCCAUCUUCGACCUAAUCCUCCUCUCAACCCUCCCCUACAAAAACGCCCUAGACGAAGCCCUGCGCUACGUCCGCCCUCUGCGCAAUGGAAACCUCCCCGCAGAAGAUUUACAGGUCCUCGCCAGUCUGCCGGAAUAUAUCACCAAGUCCCUGACGAUGUACUGGAAUGUGUGGGUGAGUGUUGCGGCGAGUCGGUUUAGUCUUUAUGGGGGUAUUUCGUUCUUUAUUUAUCAGGGUCGGGAUUCGAUGAUUUCGUCCAUGUAUAGUGGUUCGGAUGCGGUGGAGGGGUUGGGGAGAAUUAAGUCGAGGGCUGUUUUUACUUUUUGCUUUAUGGAGAUGAUGACUUGGUUUUGGAUCUUCGCUACUCUCCGCCAGGAACGACAGGAGCGAUUGACCAAGUUACUCGAAGAUGCUCGUGAGGAGGCUUCCGAUUAA